AUGCUUCUUCUCAGUGUGAUUUGUUUCCCCAAACCGCCGUGCUACUUCUUUGACCAUGUGGGGAAAUUACGAUUCGAGGACGCCGGAGAUGGCUCCGUUUCUAGAUUCAACGAUGUCCUCCGUCGCUGGUUCUUCAGACAAGUGAGAAUGAAGCACAGGCUGCGAAAUAGGGACGAUCCAAGUCUUAGAUUGCCCUUUCCAGACUCCAUUAGAAAGAUCUUAUCAGUGGGGGAGAACAUGGAACUAGCUGAAGGCAUCGUUAACAGCCUAAUUGUUCGCUUGCUGAGAAGGAUAUGUUGCCCUGCACAUCGAGAUGACUCCCAUCGUGUCGCCAUUGAUCACCGGUCUCAAGUCCAGCACUUGCUGCGUAAGCUGGGAAGUGAACCGUACAUUGGACAGCGCACACUUCUUUCAGUCUGCGAAAGGGAUCCUGAGUUGAUUGAGUUUCUGGUCUCGGAUCACUUUCAAGCAUGGUCGAGUACAGACCGAUUCAACAAUGGUAGACAGGCUGAUGGAAGGGUGGGUGGAAUCCUUUCUCCACGCCAGGAAAGCGCUGCAGCUUCUGGAGCGCAGGCACAGGCUCUCUACGUGGAUCGAGUUGCCAACGAACUGGCGAAGCAAGUCUGCCGAGAUUCUUCAUUCCAGAAGCUCAACCAUCAGCUCCUUGAUGAUCUAUUCAACUAA